AGGAAGAAGAACGCCCAAAUAACAUAUUUUAUAGUGGUAAUGUUUUCUAAUUCACCAAGUUGUUGGAGCAUAUCCCUUCAAUCUCAAACACCCACUCAUUCAUCAUGUUAUGGCAUUAAUGAAAUGCAUAAUUGGAGUGAACCAGAAGGGAAACCAAGAGAGAAAAUAGAGCUUUGUUAAAAUCGAAGCAAGUUGUGCGAAUCUGCUUAAACUAUUAUUUGUUAUGUGUAUGCUUCAAAUAUCCAAUAUAGUGAGACGGUCUAUUCAACAAAAAUGACGGCAAAUUCCACAACACUGAGAAAGCCGGACAAAAAGUACAGCAUGCAUGAAUUUCAUGUGGUGGUAACCCAUUAUUUUAGAACCCCUAUUUUUAUCCAUCACAACAAAAAACAAAAAAAGAAACAACCCUGAACUUUUAAUAAAUAAAAAAAUGAAAAUCAAAACCUCGAUGGUAACCUAAACACACAAAAGGAGAGACAGAAAAAGGAAUCUCCAAUUCCUAAUUUGCCUCCUCCCUACCCUGAGCGUCCCAAACAAUGGCAGAAGAAUUUUCAAAAGCAGUAGAAGAAGGUAUAAGAUUAUCAAAACGAAUAUACUUCGGUAACGAUAGAGCAGUAUCACCACCGAAACCACCAACAUCAAUGCUUAAAUCAAACACCGCAUUUCUUCCAACAUCUCCCAUGGUUUAUGCGGUUAUUCACGAUCCUGCCAUUGUUGAUAAUCCAGAUGUACCUAGCUAUCAACCUUACGUGCAUGGGAGGUGUGAACCUCCUGCUCUUAUUCCGCUUCAUAUGAUUAAUGUUGUUGAGCUUAAGGGGGAUUGUUAUUUAAAUAGUGCGUUUCUUGAAGUUGUUGGAUGUUGGAGGCUUCAUUGUGUUUCUGGGAGUCGUGCUUGUGAUUGUAUUCUUGCUGUUCCUAUGGGUCCUCAGGGUUCAAUUCUAGGUGUGGAGGUUAGUGUUCAUAGGAAAUCAUAUUCUACUCAACUGGUUGAUAUGGAAGACAAAACUGGUAAAGAUAAUGUGACCAGAACUCAAGAUGGAGGCUUUCUCAAGUCCAAUUUGUUCACUUUGACUAUACCACAGAUAGAUGGAGGUUCAAAUUUAUCGGUUAAAAUUAGAUGGUCUCAGAAGAUAACAUGCUGCAAUGAUGUGUUCUCGUUGAAUGUGCCAUUUAACUUUCCGGAUUAUGUGAACCCUGCCGGGAAGAGGAUGUCUAAAAAGGAAAAAGUACAAUUAAACGUGAAUGCUGUUACCGGUAGUGAGAUAAUGUGCAAAACAACAAGUCAUCCUAUGAAGGAAAUAAUGCGCAACGCUGGGAGCAUAGGUUUCUCACAUGAAACUGAUGUUCUCUCCUGGUCAAAAUUUGAUUUUAGCUUUUCAUAUGCUGUCUCUUCAAGUCAAAUAAAUGGGGGGGUUCUUUUGGAUUCUGCAUCUUUGGAUGAUGAUGAUCAGAGAGAGCUGUUUUGCAUGUACCUUUCUCCUGGAAAUAUUCAGAGUAAGAAGGUAUUCAGAAAAGACAUUGUAUUCGUUAUCGACAUAAGUGGAAGUAUGCGAGGAAAGCUAAUUGAUGACACAAAGAAUGCAUUACAAUCUGCUCUCUCUAAGCUUCAUCAUGAUGAUUCAUUUAGUAUUAUAGCAUUUAAUGGAGAGACAUAUCAAUUUUCAACUUCAAUGGAAUUGGCUUCAAAGGAUGCUGUUGAAAGGGCCAUUCAAUGGAUCAACAUAAACUUUGUUGCUGGGGGUGAUACAAAUAUUUUGCAUCCAUUAAACAUGGCAAUAGAGAUGCUUUCCGAUGCCCAAAGAUCAGUUCCAAUUAUUUUUCUAGUUACUGAUGGAACUGUUGAAGAUGAGAGACAAAUUUGUGAUAUGAUAAAGAAUCAUACAAUCGGAGGAGAAUCAAUGUGCCCCCGAAUUUACACUCUGGGCAUAGGUUCAUUCUGCAAUCAUUAUUUCUUGCGGAUGCUUGCCAUGAUUAGUAAGGGCCAACAUAUUGCAGCAUUGGAUGUAGAUUUGGUUGAGCCUCAAAUGCUAAAACUAUUUGAUAAAGCUUCAUCUAUUGUUCUUGCAAAUAUCACGAUGAACUUCGAUGAUCUGGAUGAAGUUGAGGUGUACCCGUCGCAUAUUCCGGAUCUUUCAUCAGAUAGUCCAUUGACUUUAUUCGGAAGAUACAGGGGAAGCUUUCCAGAUGUUCUUAAAGUAAAAGGUGUCUUGGCUGAUUUCAGUAACUUUGUAAUAAAUUUGAAUAUACAAAAUGCUAAGGACAUGCCUAUAGAAAGGGUUUUUGCAAGAGAACAAAUAGAGUAUCUUACUGCUCAAGCAUGGCUUUCUAAAGAUAAACAACUAGAACAGAAGGUUGCAAAAAUAAGCUUACAAACCGGCUUUUUGUCCGAGUAUACACACAUGGCAAUUCUUGAGAAUGAUCAUCUAAAGAAAGCCAAGCAAUCAGAUGGAACAAAAGUAUCAAAAGGGAAAGGUGGUAAUGUCCAAGGCCAGAGAAUGAUUUUGCUCCCAAAAUUAGGUAUAGGCUUUGGCAACUUGACUGCAACAUCCGAGAACAUUCCACCAGGAGUUGAAGAUACAAGUUUGUCUGAUGGUGCUGAAAUCUUUGUUAAGAAAGCCGUAGAUUGUUGUGGAAGCUUCUGCAAUCAUUGCUGUUGUUGCAUGUGCUGCAUCCAAGCCUGUACCAAGAUAAACAACCAAUGUGCAAUUGCAUUUACUCAGCUUUGUGUUGGUUUAGGAUGCUACAGCUGCCUCAGCUGUUGUUCUGAUAUAUGUUGUUCUGGAAAUGAAAGUUGAAAUCUCAGUUUGUUGUAUUUUACUACAUAGAAAAUCACUGGUUUGUGGGGUGUUAUCAUGGAAAUGUAUAUCCUUAAGUCAUCUGUUUUGUUUUAUAGUUCAUUUCAUUGUCUUCCAGAUUUGUUUUGUAUUAGAUUUUUCCAAUAGUUUAAGCCAGCAUAUUAAAUUUUGCAAUA